CGCUGUGACAUAUAAUACAUUAAUUGCGAACGGGGAAGGAAAAGUCACGCUGCUGUCUUUUAAUUAGAUUAUAUUUGUCAGGCGUUUUGUAUUGCAGUGAUAGUGUUUUAUCCUUUUAGUUGUUUUCCUUUUAGUUUCCUGGCUGUGCUGGUUGGUUCCAACAUGUCGGGGAUGCAGCAGCUCAGGCUCCUGGUUAGCGAGCGGCUAACGGCGGCUGCAGAGGAGAUCUUCGGGCUCUUUGAGAAAACAAUAACGGAGUACCAGGAAGAGACGGUCCGCUCCAAGAGAGAAAUCAUCCAGCUGAGACAGCAGAUCGAGCAGCUGACCGUCUUACAGCCCCGGGUGUCUUUGUUCAAAGAAGACGUGCAAUCACUGGCUGGGAAUCAAAGUCAGCCUCCAGCUGAAGAACAAAAGGAAAGUCGGGAGCAUCAGAGGGUCAAAGAAGAGCAGCUGGAUGUCUGCAUCAACCCACACCAGGAUUCUCCACAGGAUGUCAAAGUUUUUCCUGCUGGAUCAGAGACAACCGUUCAAACGGAGCCCCAGGUGUUACCCAGUGUCAGCUCCAUAACUGAAACAACAAACAAUGAUGACGUCCAUAAUGAAUGGACUAAUGAUGUUGGGCCAGAUUUGUCUUAUUUUGACCCAAAUCCCGGUGAAAUUACUUAUUUGCAGCAGGAAAUAGCCCUCGAUAACAAGUCCUGCCGUAUCUGUGCCAAGUUCUUCAUCAGGGACUCGGCUUUGAUCAGGCACAUGGAGGAGGUCCACACUGGACACAAGGCCUUUAAAUGCUUCGAAUGCCACAAGGAGUUUGCUCGUAGAGAUAGCCUGGCUUUGCAUUUGAGGGUUCACACAGGUGAGAAGCCGCACAGGUGCCCCUUCUGUCAGAAGACCUUCACCCAGACUUCAAACCUCAGAGUUCACAUGAGGAAACACACGGGCGAGAAGCCGUACUUCUGCGACAACUGUGGCAAAAUGGUGGCACACUCCUACCACCUGAAGACAUGCUCCAGUCAUGCCUCGUAUACCAAGAAUAACAGCAGGGAGAAGAAAUUCCGCUGCUUCCAAUGUGGCAAAAAAUUUCGCUCCAUUCCAGACCUCAAUAUGCACAUGAAGAUUCAUGAAGCCAGAAAAUCACGGGCUCUUGUGCAGAUGUUUUCUUAGUCUUUUUUUUUUCCCAGCAUUUUUUUUUACACUGUCAAAAGUAUAGCAUGACGAAAUUCACAUUCUGCACUAAACCCAUCACCCCAGGGGUACAGAGUGUUUAUUUUACUUGUAAAAUGUAGAAAAUAUAGAGAAUUGUGAAUAAAAAUUGUGAUUUGUUUUUGUACCCCUAAAAAGCUUGUAAAGGUUUACAUAUAGUGUCUUUUGGGCCCUUUUAUUCCAUAUAUCUGUGAUUAAACUAAG